AUGACUGACUCAACACCGGCAAUCCGUCGCAAUGGCCUGCUCCAAUCUUGCGAGCCUUGUCGCAAAUCAAAGCUUAAAUGUGACCAUGGACGGCCAGUUUGUGGACGAUGUAUUGCGAAAAACAUUACGCAGAGAUGCUUUUAUCAUCCUGCGCCUAUGACCAAGGAUGCAUCGCAGCCUCCAUCUUAUCGUCCUGCCAAGAGGCCAAGGACGGAAUCUUCACUUACGCCAAGCCCUGAACCAACAUCUGCGUCGGGUACUGCAUCUGCAUCUGCAUCUGCAUCUACGGUGCAGUACGGACUUCGCCUUGCAGCCGCAGACCAGCGCCCCUCCACAACACCUGGGUAUCUAGGCUCGACCAGCUUUUCCGCCGUCUUCAGCGAACACCGCGCAAACAUAUCCUUUGAGGAGGGUAACCAUGCCCCAGACGGGGUACUAUCCAAAUUAACGGACGGUUACCGUCUUGAGUCCGGCCUCGAAGUCAUCAAGUUUCUCUACCGGAACAACAUAUGGGAGAUCCUGAUUCGCAAGUUCUACGCUGGCCACUUGAUGGCCGUUGUCUCAAACCUCAUCAUAAGAGCGAUUAUCAUAUCCCUUCGACGGAUCUUCGACGCCAUUGACCGUGAGAAAGACGUCGAAAAGCAGCUCCGCGAUCUGGUGCAGCGCAUAUUCCAGUCCUCGGCUCAUCCACUGACCUCGCAUGCGUCCAUGACGGUCGAAGAGUAUUUUGCCUCGUUUACAGACGAGAACCUGCGCUGGGAGGUAGUUGGUCUUGUUUUGGCGACGGCCGGGAUCGCAAUGAUGUCCACCUCAGAUGACGACCCCGAUGUUCUGCGGGUGGCGCCUGACGCACAGGGCGCGGAGAUGCUCCGUUCACGCUUGGUCGAGGCAAGCAGGACGUGUCUUUUGUUCUGUGCAACAGCGGCGUCGGUUAAUGAACUUCUGGGCUUCUAUCAGUACAACGAUAUGCUAUUGCGUACGCAGUAUUAUGGGGAUACGAGUACGCCCUGCUCUCAUGACACAAACAUUGCCACUAACGACAGUAUAGGCUACGCCGCCUGGCGCAAACUUGGCAAUCUCACAGCGACCAUAUAUGCAGCCGGUCUGCAUCAGGAAAGCACACGCGCACAAAACUGUCCUCCAUUCCUGCAUCAGUGGCGGAAAAUGUGCUUCGCUGCUGCAUUCUACGCAGACAAGUCUCUUUCUACGUUCGUUGGGAGGCCGCCAUUUAUUAAUUAUCGGUACUGCUCUAUUUCACCGCCGCUGGACAUUAAGGAUGAAGACCUGAUUGCUGGCGAGGAGCAGCUCAGGCGGGCAAUGGCUAAUCUCGACUCCUCAGGGUGGAAUACGAAAGGCAACACGCUGCGGGGAAGCCUGUUGCGUUUACGGUUCCAUUUGGCAGUGCUGAGAGAGCAGGCGCUUGAGAUUGCGCUGGGGAAUUAUGAUGACAAGACGAUUUUGAGCAAGUAUAAUGAGCUUAUCCAAACCGCCCAGAACCAAUGGCAGUCAUGUCCUGUUUACCUACGACAUGACCAGUACAUCCCGAAUGGAGAAUCGCCUAAUAUCACCUUCGCGAGACGCCACAUCUACCUCGAUUAUCUGUAUACUCUAUUCUUGGUUCAGAGAAUGGUCGUCAAGCGAACAAACACCAGCCAGGAAGCCCUUUUCAUGACCUCCCGGGAGGUCCUCGCCAUCAUCCUUGAGGUCACUGGCGAACGGCACCCGGGAGUUGAUAUGAGUAGGCAUCAUUCUUGGAUCGUCCUCUACUACGGUCUCCCAAGCGCAAGCACUUUAGCCUUUGAACUUCUUCGACAAACCCAAGAACCAGGCCCACAUCCAGUCAUGCCUCCGCGGCCUGAGAUAAUCCGCAACCUCAGUGUUUUCGUCUCGUGUCUGUCAUGGGUCGCAACUCCAGGACAAGGCAAUUAUCGGACGUGCAAGGCAGUCGAGAAAAAGCUGUCUGAUAUCCUGGACCAGAUAUUGGAUCCCAAGCCGGACCCGCAGCCUGUGCAAGGGUUCUUAGAUGCAAGCGGUGGCUAUCCGGACCAUGACGCGGCGGGGCUGUAUAGUCUUUUGAAUUGGUAUGCUCCGAACAAUAUCGAUUUGGAUUCGUUCGAAUCCCCGGCCAAGGAUGAGUUUUUGUUUUAG